AUGUCUUUAUCCAAAGCCGCCGAGCGACCACGAGAGCCGAAAUGCAGCCGGUGCCGACACCAUGGGAUAAUCGUCCCAAUAAAGGGCCACAUGAGGUACUGUCCGUUUCUGGGAUGCGACUGCUGGAAGUGCUACCUCAGCACACAGCGGACUCGAACCACGGCCCUCAUGCGAAAUCUUAAGCGAUGCCAGAAUAAGGAGCUGCGACCCAGCGCCCACACCGGGGUCAGCGUGGUGAAACCAGUGGCUGAGCGCUCCUCGAGCGCCUCGGCCGCGGGCGGAGACGCUCGUCACUCGGACUCAUCUGGACCAAUGUCUCCCCAAACGGAAGACGCCCCGGACUGCGCCGCCUCCACCGCCUGCCGCCCGCUUGACCUCCGGAGCAGACCGGCCACGGGAGGAGGGAAUGUGGCGGCUCUGGACGGCGGAAAGGCGCCCUUAGCUUCCAGUGAGGAAGGCUCAUAUGCUCCUUACUUUGGUAGAUUUGGCCAGACUCCACCUCUGCCUGUUAUUCAUUCUCCAUUGAGGGUGUCAGGUCAUCCUCCCAGCAGCUACACACCAUGUCCAAACUUCCCACUGAACAUGCCAUCCCUACCGCCUGUGCCUGCCGGGCUUUAUAAUAGUGGCUUCUGUGGACCCCUAAUGCCCCCCCGCCUCUAUUCAGGUGCUGUGCAUUACCCACCUCUACCAGAGCCUGGACCUCCUGCUGAUUGCAGGAUGGUCUUCUUCACUCUUCAACGAUUCCCACUCCCUGAGCUCAUCCAGGAGAAGCUGACAUCAGUGCAGCCCCCUCAGUCCAUCAUAGACUUGAGCGACGUGGAUUAA